UUAAAAUAAAAUUAGGUGCCCAUAGAAUCUUUCUCAAGAAAUACUAACCUAAUCUUCGAACUCUCAUCUUGAAGACACCAAUUUUAUUUUGAAAUACGUUAUUGUUUGUGUGGAUACACGUCGAAAGGCGCUAUUUAUGUACCUCGGCUUACGAGGUUAUUCAACUAAACAUAGGUAUAGGCUAAUGGUUACUCUAAAGCUAUUUUGUGCGAUUGUCCUGGUCGCCGUAUUCUGUCUUAUCCUUAUCCGCAGUGAACCAACAGGACCGAAGGUUACUGACAAGGUAAGACUGUACAAUACGGAAUCUCACCACUUUCAGGUGUUUUUCGACAUAGAAGUUGAUGGAAAGCCACUGGGUCAAAUAAUUAUUGGAUUGUUUGGUAAAACAGUGCCGAAAACAGUGGAAAAUUUCAAGCAACUUUCAAUCGGCACUCAGCUGAAAGAUGGUCGUACUGCAUCGUAUAAAGGAAGCAGUUUUCACCGUGUCAUUAAGUCUUUUAUGAUACAAGGUGGGGACUUUACCAACCAUGAUGGCACUGGAGGUUUUAGUAUUUAUGGUGAUAGGUUCCCCGACGAAAACUUCAAACUGCGACAUAUAGGUGCAGGGUGGUUAUCGAUGGCUAAUGCUGGUCCUGAUUCAAAUGGAAGCCAAUUCUUUAUUACAACCGUAAAGACCGAAUGGUUAGAUGGAAAACAUGUUGUGUUCGGAAAAGUGCUGAAAGGAAUGGCAAUCGUUCGCCAAAUUGAAAGUACCAAGACAGACUCAAGGGAUAGGCCUGUCAAAAGUAUCAGGAUAGCAAAUUGUGGACAUAUCCCUGUCGAAACACCAUUCUCAGUAGAAAACUCCGACGCUAUGGAGUGAAUUUUAAUAAAUAAUUUUGUAUACUUGUAUUUUUGUAUUUUAGUAAAUAAAAUGUAUUU